AUGACAAACGGCAAAGUUCUGUUUAUCCUCGGCGCAGGGCCCAAUGUUGCCACUGCAACUGCAAAGCACUUUGCGGCGCAAGGAUACCAAGUAGCCCUCGUGAGUCGCGGAAAAUCGACCUCUUUCGAUCCCUCCUACUUCUACAUCCAGGGUGACCUUUCCAACCCCGAGGAAAUCCCUAUAUGGUUUGCUCAAGUCAAGACCAAAUACGGAAGGGCUCCAAAUGUGGUGAUCCACAAUGCGUACCAUGUCUUCCCAGCACAGCCACAGAAUCCCCUUUCACUCAGUCUCGGUCAACUUAAUUAUGACCUGGCCGUGAACUUCACGUCAGCCUACCUUGCCGCACAGGAGGCUGUCAGGGGGUUUGAGACUCUUCCGGAUGAAGUGCCCAAGUCGUUCAUCUACACAGCCAAUGGACUUAACAUGAUGCCUAUGCCUCGCCUAGUAAGCCUCGGUCUUGGAAAGACUGCCAUGGGCCAUGUAAUCGAGAAUGCUACCAUUGCAUUUGAAGGCAAAGGAUUUACCUUUUACUAUGGAGACGAACGCCUUGCCAAUGGCGACUUUGCUAGUGGCGCUAUUAGCGGCAUUGCUCAUGCAGAGAGGUACUGGGAGCUUAGCCAGGAUCGUAAGCAGAGAUCGUGGAUGGAUACAUUUGUUGCUGGCCAGGGAUAUAAGGAGUUUCCUAAGGUUUAA